AUGAGUUCUGCUUUAGGGCUUCCAAAACCAGGGGGUCUACCAAAACUGCCUCCGAUCAAGUCCGGUCGGCUGGAACCACUACCUUCACUGGGCACCAACUUCCAGGGCCUUCUGUGCCAAGACGGCAAGAACCACAAACGGAAAAGUAAAAAAAAGCGUGUAACGUUGGCUCCAAUGGAGAAAGUGGAGCACCUGCAGGGUGCACAUCCAGAAACUACCAAAGAUAUUAUAGGAAAGAAUAAUGCUGAGAAUGGGCAAUUAUAUCUCCAAAAACAUAAAGCAAUAUCAGAGUUGGAAGAAGAUGUGGAGUCAGAGGACCUUUUGACGGUCAGAACUCUUCUUCCACCACUGCCUUCACUUGCACAGGACAAAGUCGGCCGACAAAAGAGAAACGACCAAAAGAUAAGUUUUGUUCCAAUGAAAAAGAAAGAACAAGAGUUUGAUAUGGAAACUGCAAAACCAGAGAAAAGGCCUCGCUCUUUCCUAAAAGCCAGACCCAUAUCGUCUCAAGAAAGUGAUGUCAAGAGAGAAGACACGAGUGAAGACGACUUUUUGGAACUUUUACAAUCCAUGAACAUUGACAUUGCAGAUCUUGCAGAUGUUCUACAGGAUGGAUCAGCCUCAGAGGGAGAAAUAAUGUGUCAGGCUUCUUCACCACAACAAGACGAGACGGAUCAUGAGCCCAGUCUAGACCUUCUGAACCAUUCUCUGGACCAAAGCGAUGAAGAAUGGUUGAACCUCCAAUCCAACACUGGAGCACUUGUGUGCGAUCCACUAGGAGGUCAUGUAUCUCAGGAAGAAAGCUCAGAGCUGGGGUUAGUUUGUCCGACACCUUCAAGACCCAGUCCACUGCCACCUUCACCAACUCCUUUAUCAUGGAUGGGAGAUGAGAUUCUGACAAACAUAAGUGCUGAGUCCACAUAUGAAUCUGAUUUAGAAUCCGACAGUGAGAAGCCUGCACCGACAGCGACAUCUCCAGUGAGUUCACCAGUGCCCCCACUGGACACCAACUCCGAGGGCCUUCUGCGCCAAGAUGGCAAGAACCCAGGAGAAAUUCGCAAACGGAAAAGCAAGAAAAAGCAUGUGACGUUGGCUCCGAUAGAAAAGAAAGAACUGAAGAAUAUGGAAACUGCACAACCAGGGAAUAGGCCUCGCACUUUCCUAAAAGCCAGACCCAUCUCGUCUCAAGAAAGUGAUAUCAAGAGAGAAGAGACGAGUGAAGACGACGGAAUGGACCUUUUUGAAUCCAUGAACCUUCAUAUUGACAUUGCAGAUCUUGCAGAUGUUCUACAGGAUGCAUCAGCCUCAGAGGGAGAAUUAAUAUGUCAGGCUUCUUCACCACAACAUGACGAGAUGGAUCAUGAGGCUGGUCUAGACUUUCUGAACGCUUCUCCGAACCAAAGCUAUGAAGAAUGGUUAAACCUCCAAUCCAACACUGGAGCACUUGUGUGCGAUCCACCAGGAGGUCAUGUAUUUCAGGAAGAAAGCUCAGAGCUGGUGUUAGUUUGUCCGACUCUUUCAAGUCCCAGUCCACUGCCCCCUUCACCAACUCCUUUAUCAUGGAUGGGAGAUGAGAUUCUGACAGACAUAAGUACUGAGUUCGGGUGUGACUCUGAUUUGGAAUCCGACAGUGAGAAGCCUGCACCUACAACAACAUCUCCAGUGAGUUCAGAAGCAUUCAACAAGUGUCAGGAUGAACUGGAGAAGAGGCCUCGCUCUUUCCAAAAAGCCAGACCCAUCUCGUCUCAAGAAAGUGAUGUCAAGAGAGAUGAGACGAGUGAAGACGACGGAUUGGACAUUUUUGAAUCCAUGAACCUUCAUAUUGACAUUGCUGACCUUGCCGAUGUUCUACAGGAUGGAUCAGCCUCAGAGGGAGAAAUAAUGUGUCAGGCUUCUUCACCACAACAUGACGAGACAGAUCAUGAGGCCAGUCUAGACUUUCUGAACCAUUCUCUGGACCAAAGCGAUGAAGAAUGGUUGAACCUCCAAUCCAACACUGGAGCACUUGUGUGUGAUCCACCAGGAGGUCAUGUAUCUCAGGAAGAAAGCUCAGAGCUGGGGUUAGUUUGUCCGACUCCUUCAAGACCCAGUCCACUGCCACCUUCACCAACUCCUUUAUCAUGGAUGGAAGAUGAGAUUCUGACAAACUUAAGUGCUGAGUCCAUGUAUGAAUCUGAUUUUGAAUCCAAUAGUGAGAAGCCUGCACCGACAGCGACAUCUCCAGUGAGUUCAGAAGCAUUCAACAAGUGUCAGAAUGAGCUGGAGAAGUUCAAAAGGGAGGAGGAGGAACGCCUAGAGGCAGAGAGCAAAGACAGACUUGAGUCUCUGUAUCAGUCACUGUUGGAAAAAAGGGAAGCAGAAGAGAAAAGAAUGAAGGAAGAAUCUGAGAAAGAGUUAGAAGACCUUCAAGAAACCCUCAAAGCCGAUAGAAAACGGCAAGAACGUGAAAUACGGGAAGAAAAUAACACUAUUGUUGAGAAGGUGAAGACUGAAUUGAAAGAAGAAGUGGCCAAAACUGUUCAGAAACUCAAAGCUCGUAAGAAGAAAGGAUUGGAACAUCUGCAGGCGGAGCUCGAGGUGGAGCUGACGUCAGAGAAAGAAAGAUUGCAGACACUGAAGGCCAAACAACAGGACUCGUUGAUGCAAGAAAGCAGAGAGUCCUUUACAUCUGUACGUCAGGAAAUGGAGCAGGAACAGAGGCAUACGUUGGAGUGUCUGAGCGAAGAUAACGAGAAAGAGAUCAGAAAGCUGCGAGAGAAACACUCAGAGGAAAAGGAUCUUCUGAAGGAGCAGCUUCUUUCUCGCUUCAACCAGGAGAAGGAACAAUCGGCAAAAGAGUUGGAAGAGCUUCAAGAAAACCUCAAAGCCGAUAGAAAACGGCAAGAACAUGAAAUACAGAAAGAAAAUUACACUAUUCUUGAGAAGGUGAAGAGUGAGUUGAAAGAAGAAUUGGCCAAAACUGUUCAGAAACUCAAAGCUCGUAAGAAGAAACGAUUGGAUCAUCUGCAGGCGGAGCUCGAGGUGGAGCUGACGUCAGAGAAAGAGUCCUUCACAUCUAAGGAAGAAUCGGCAAAAGAGUUUGAAAAGAUUCAAGAAACCCUCAAAGCCGAACGAGAACGGCAGAAAAGUGAAAUACGGGAAGAAAAUGACUCUAUUCUUGAGAAGGUGAAGACUGACCUGAAAGAAGAAUUGGCCAAAACCGUAGAGAAACUCAAAGUUCGUAAGAAGAAACGAUUGGAACAUCUGCAGGCGAAGCUCGAGGUGGAGCUGACGUCAGAGAAAGAAAGAUUGCAGACACUGAAGGCCAAACAACAGGACUCGUUGAUGCGAGAAAGCAGAGAGUCUUUCACAUGUGUACGUCAGGAAGUGGAGCAGGAACAGAGGCGUACGAUGGAGCGUCUGAGCGACGAUCACAAAAAAGAGAUCAGAAAGCUCCAAGAGAAACACUCAGAGGAAAAGGAUCUUCUGAAGGAGCAGCUACUUUCUCGCUUCAACCAGGAGAAGGAGCAGCGAGAGGAGUAUCUUGCUCUCCGUCUGCAGGAACUGGACUUUCGACACGAGGCCGAAGUUCUGAAAAGGCAACGGGAAAACUCAGACAAGAUGUUGGAGCUGAAGGAGUUGCCGACCGAGCUCAAGGUGAGGCAUAACCAUCUGGAGAGCCAAGACACCGGGCUCAAGGCAAAGGUGGAGAGGCUGAGUCAGAGAAUGAGUUAUUUAGAAGAAAAAGACAAAGCAGAAGAGAGAAAGUCUUUUCCAACGCUUAAGAAGGAGGUAGAAAGAGAACAUCGGUACGUGACAUCAGGCUGUCGAUGUGACGUUUCUCUAGAGCUUCUGGAGAAGACCAACGACGAGCUGAGAACUUGUCGCCAAGAGAGAGAGAACCUGGUGACGAUGGUGGACCAGCUGCAGAGAUGGUCCGACAGACUGAGCUCCACAAUGAACCAGUCUGAGACCAGUUCCUUACGAUCAGAAGUGAAAUACUCUUCCAGGUUCAGUGAGGAGCCGGACCAUGUGGGGUCUCCUCCUCUGUCCAGUCAAGUUGACGUCAACCACAGAACCAGACUCUUCCUGGAGUUAGAAGCAGACAGACUGGAGAGAGAGAACUCAAGAGCUCUGGACUUGAGGGAGCCACAGAUGAAGUCCACCUGGGGAUGGGUGGACGGUUUCAAUACGACUGGAUCUGACGGAGGAGGAACGCAGUGUGGCGAGUACACCAAUCAACUGACAGAGAAUGGCAUGUGUCGGAUUGUGGCCACUUUGCCUCAGCUGGGGGGACAGAGGUGUCCGGAUAUGUUCCGCUGCACAGAUGAAGUGUCCUUUUGGCUUCAUGAGAACGAGGAGUUGAAGAGGCAGCUGUCUGCGCUCAGAGAGACUGUGUCCGAGCUGCAGGAGGAGCUGCGGAACCACCGGCACCGCGUACAGGUCCUGGAGCUCCAGAGGGACGAGAGGGCUCAUCUGAACAUGUCCAUCCAACAGAGACUUCAUGAUAUGGAGCAGCAUUACAGCGAGGCCACCAGCCUGCUGCACAUACAGGGGACCCUCAUACUGGACCUGCAGAACCAGGUCCAUAAUCUAACAGAAGUGGUGGAUCGAGUCAAAAGAAGUCCUGGCUGUUUGGUUAAUAUCCUUCAGCCCAACUCAUUGAUGAGUUCUCAAGAACCUCAUCACCAUCCAGAAACACAGCACAUUAGGAACUGCCCCAUAGACUGUGCUUCCAUUUACUACAAUGGUGUGAGGAGAUCAGGUCUGCACACUGUGGUAACAGCCAUGUCAGGGACUCCCAUGGAAGUCUACUGCGAUAUGGACACAGAUGGUGGGGGCUGGACAGUGAUCCAGAGGAGGGUGGAUGGCUCUGUCACCUUUGAUCGGAGCUGGGGAGACUACAGAGAUGGGUUUGGAGACCUGCACUCAGAGUUCUGGUUGGGAAACGAUCACAUCCACGACCUCACCUCUCAGGGGGGGUACGUGCUGCGUAUCGACAUGGAAGACUGGAGCAACAAGCACAAACAUGCCAUCUACCAGAACUUUAGAGUGGAGGACGAGGAGCAUCAGUACCGCCUCCAUGUCUCGGGCUUCAGCGGCUCGGUGCCAGACUCGUUCGGCUGGUACCACGACAAACAGAGCUUCAGCACUCCAGACAGUGGCAACAUCUGUGCUGAGAUCUCCCAUGGGGGAUGGUGGUACAACCAGUGCUUUUAUGCCCACCUGAAUGGAGUUUACCACAGGGGAGGACACUACACCCCUCGAGGCCGUGGUCCUCUGGGUCCUGACGGUAUCGUGUGGCACGCGUGGAAAGACUCGGAUUAUUACUCUCUGCGUAAAGUGACAAUGAUGAUUCGGCCACGGUCCUUCAGAAGACGCGUGUCGCCUUGA